CCUCUUCACUGCCCGAUAGAAAGCAGCUCUCGGGGAAGAAGAAUCUGGUCAGUGUGCUGCGAGCGAAGACGGUCCAAUCAUUCAAUCCCCAUCGUCCCACUGGUUCGGCGAUUCCCGAACGAUUGUCCGGAUUCUCUCUGCGAAGAUACUAGAGGGGGAUCCUUGGGCUUUUCGAUAGCGCGUCUGCUCUUGCUCUGUUGAUCUAAAGUUUGGGGCUGGUGCUUUUGCGCUUUCGGUUCUUGAAAUGAGACUGUUGGCGAUGGACUCGUUGCCUCUGGGGUUCAGAUUCAGGCCGACCGACGAGGAGCUGAUCAGUCACUACCUGAGGUUGAAGAUCAAUGGCCGCCACUCGCAGGUCCAGGUCAUCCCCGAGAUCGACGUCUGCAAAUGGGAACCCUGGGAUUUGCCUGGAUUAUCGGUGAUAAAGAAUGAUGAUCCGGAGUGGUUCUUCUUUUGCCCGCGGGACAGGAAGUACCCGAAUGGGCAUAGAUCGAAUCGGGCCACAGAUGCUGGGUACUGGAAGGCCACGGGCAAGGACCGGACCAUUAAGUCUCGCAAACCGGGUGGUGCUGCUGCUAGUUUGAUUGGGAUGAAGAAGACCUUGGUCUUCUACGAAGGUCGUGCGCCCAAGGGCAAGAGGACUCACUGGAUUAUGCACGAGUAUCGCGCUACUGAGAAGGAUCUUGAUGGGACUGGACCCGGCCAGGGUGCUUAUGUCCUCUGUCGUUUGUUUCGGAAGACGGAGGAGAAGCCUGAAGUUGUGAAGUACGAUGAAGUUGAACAAACUGGCUUAUCUCCGACAGCCAAGUCCUCUCCUGACGAGACAUUAUCUGAUGUAGUUCCAGAAACGCCUGUUUCCGAUGUCCAAGAAAAAUCACAAUCAGAUGGAAUCAAGCGGUGGUUGACUGACAAGCUGGACAAAAUGACUCCUAAUGCUCAAAUGCCUGUUGAGAGCUGCUGCAAUAGUGUCAUGGCCUCUGAUUUGGAAGAUGGUAUCACUGAUGGAACACCGUUGGAGGUACAUCAAUUGCAUGAGAGUUACCCCGAUCUUCCUUGUGAUCCAGCUGAUUGUAAAGUUUUCUCCCCUGAGCAGACACAUCUUCAAACAGAGCAAGCUCCUUACAUGGACAUGGGUUCGCCUUUUGCCUUUGAUUUUGGCAAUGAUCUUGAUGGACUACAUUUCCAGGAUGGUACAAGUGAGCAGGACAUCUCACUCUCAGAUUUGUGGGGUGAGGUCUUCAAUAAUCAAGAUGACUCCUGUGUAGAGUCCACCAGUCAGAAGAAUUCAGUUAUAGGAAGUGAGAUUCCAUUUGUGCAUCAGGGUUACUUAUCCCAGUCGCUCCUAGAUGUCAAAGAUGAUACAUGGUAUGAUGGUCUUGUUGACGAGAGGAAUUUGGUGGAUGGGGUAACUUCAUCUGGAGAUGUUGCUUCAAAUAAUAUGGCAGAAUCAACUGGUGAAUCUUUCAACGACGGUGGUAGAAUUGCGAUCAAGAUCAGGCCACGUGACUCUGAAGUCCUACCGUACUCAAGUGGUUAUGUAGCGCAGGGUACUGCUCCUAGGAGGCUUCGUCUGGGGGUGGAUCGAGCUAAUCAACUACCUAGAAGCGUAAAGAGAGAAGGAGAUGAUGAGGAAAUGAGAGGCACUGGCUCUAACGGAGAAGAAGAAGUUCAAUCAACUGCUAAGGAGACCUCUGUUGACCAAAGUGACAAUAUGACUGUUGGAGCCAAUAUCAAGAUUAGGACUCGUCGACCUCGACAUCAACCAGGCUCCGAGAAUUCUAUAGUUCAAGGUACUGCUGCCAGACGAAUUCGGCUGCGUAUGAACAGUCAAUCUGGGUCCACUAGGGAUGAUGAAGUUAGAUCUUCAAGCUAUGAUGAAGAAGUGCAAUCUGCUCCUACCAAGGUCAAGGAAGAAGCGGACAAUUGUUCUGAUGGCGAUGAACCAGAGAGAGACACCCAACUCCCUGCUCUCGAUAAGACGGCAGAAAUUGUUGAGGAGCCGUGUGCAAACUUGACGUUGGGGUGGGAACCAGGUGGGGAAUCUUGUAGUCAUCCCAUGGCUUCAGCGUCGUUGGAAACACCUUCUGUACGCCGCCGUUCUGGCUCAUUUUUACUUUUUGCAGUCGGCAUCUCUCUCGUUAUACUCCUGGCCAUAGUUUUCUCCGGGGUACAGAGAUCCAUCAAGCCGGACAUUGCGUAGAGAAAAAGCCGCUUCCCAUCCCCGUCUAUACAUAUAUAGUGAUUAGGGGGUGCUUAUAACUUUAUAAAGCAGAGGAUGAUGUAGAUCUUUCAUGAAUUGUGUCUGUGCUGUAAAGUUUCCAUGUAUCUGGCUGAGAAAAAAGCCUUCUUUAGUUUGGCUUCUGGAUUCGGUGAGACUUAACAGAUUUUUCGUACUGUUUGGUAAGUGAGCUUUAUUGUGCAUAUAUUAUUACUUCUUGCUAUUCUGUUGGUA